AUGCGCACACACACCGGCGAGAAGCCGUUUCAGUGCGAGGUGUGCCAGAAAUGCUUCAGCCAGCGCGGCAACCUGAAGAUCCACCGGAGGCGCCACACGGGCGAGCGUCCUUUCCAGUGUGACAUCUGCUGGAAGUCGUUCAGCCAGAAGGGCAACCUCAAGACCCACGUCCGCAACCACGCACAUAAGAAGAGCUUUUGCUGCGAUCUCUGCGGCAAGGUGUUCUUGCACCGCUCCAUCCUAAAAUGCCAUGAGAAGGCCCACCAAGUACAGCGCCUGUCGUCCCUGUCGCCCUCAAACAACAGUGGCGGCAAUGGACAUCCGACAUCGUCACCUACAUCACCAGCACUACCCCUCCCCAUACCACCAUCCUCUUCAUCUUCGCCAGGUUCAUCUACAGCUCGUUCAGCAAGUACUGGCACGGGGGGCUCUAGUGGGGUUGUUGGUGAGAAGGGGGCGGGUUUUUAUUCUAAUACUACUUCAGGCUACAGCGGUAGCGGUGGGCCCCACAGUCACGGCGGAGGUCGAUCUGGGCCUGCAAACCCAGGACCACCGACUAAUCAGCCCCCUCCACAUCCUAAUUCUAAUCCGAAUGCCAAUAAUCCAAACCCUAAUAAUCCAAGUAAUUCUGUAUUUGUGUGA